UUUUUUUUUUUUUGGCGUGGCUCUGGACGCGCACUGAUAACUGGUAAAUGGCGCCAACCUCCUCGCGGCUCACUCCUGUAUACCCACACUCCAGCCGGUCUCCAUCGCUGCCUGUUGUAAUGGUGGCGGCUGAGCUCGCGUGAUGUUUCAGCCUCACUAUGCUGCCAGCACAUGCUUGAAAAAGCAGGAAUCUGCCUGUGCUGUCAGACACAACUGAGUACCUAGAGGUCGAUUGUUCACAAAGGAGUAGUGAUUCAAUACAGUUUUUCUAUCGCCAAUGGAGCCUUACGUUUACAAGCCACUCGGCCAGGGCGAGAUUAGAGUCCUUGAAUUACACCCCAAUAUCGGCAAACAGCCACUGACCGGGUCGAUCCUCCAUGUUCCUCUGACGAAUCCGAUCUAUCAUCCAAAAACUGCGGACAAGGAAGAACAUCUCGAACACCCACACGGCUACGAUGCGAUUUCGUACACGUGGGGGAAAGAUACCACGACACCAUACAGUCUUGUGAUCGACGGUGACCGAACCAUCGGAGUCACGGCGCACCUACAUUAUGUCCUGCAGAAGAUUGUGCGUCCCGACACGAGUGUUCUCGUCUGGAUCGACGCCGUCUGCAUAAACCAGGCGGACCGAGACUCUGAGGAGAAAGCCCAGCAAAUUCGACUGAUGCCAGAUAUUUAUCGUAUCGCCAAGCGUGUGCAAAUUCAUCUAGGCCCCGAAGUAGAUGAUAGCCCCCUCGCAAUCAAGUUUCUGGAGCACAUGGCAGAAUACAUGGAGUACCUGGAUGAAAGCUUGAACAUCUCCAAUUCACAGGCGUACGCGCUUGCUCUGGAGAAUGGAUAUGCUCCUCCCGGGAAAGAAGAUAAGACAUGGAACGCCCUGCGGUCGUUCUGGUUGCGCCCAUGGUUUCGUCGUGUUUGGGUUGUGCAAGAAUUGGUAAACGCCACCGAUCUUGUCAUUCAUUGUGGCGACCUCGAGAUCGACUGGAGGAAGCUUUGGCUAGCAGCCCGCGUGUGCCAAAACAAUAACCGAUUGAUGGAAACGGGUCUGACAAUGUUCACAUACCACAUUGCUGUGGACGCUUUGGAGGGCGCGAACUCAUUCUUCACCAUGGCAGACAUUCGGCUUCGCGCUUGGGGUUAUAUGAGCCCUUCAUACAUGGUUGUGUCGUGGUGCACUGAUAAAGACAAACAGGUCCCUGCUGCUCAGCUUGGCGAAAGAGGCUUACGGCCUCACGAGAGACUGCCUUUGCGACGAGAUCUGCCCGCUCUUCAAGCUUAUGAACGCUUGAUGAGACCGAGGUUACUGCAAGAUCACGCAGCAGGGAGAGCUAAAUUCAACCUCAAGCGCCCGGGCAUGCUCGAAGUGCUCAACAGGACGAGGACUUUCCUCGCUACGAAUCCAGUGGAUCGUCUAUACGCGCUACUGGGUCUUGCCAGCGACAUCGAUACGGAUGAUCCGAAUUUCAGAAUCGAGUACUCGGCCGAGCAGCCUCCAGCCAAUGUUUGCCAACGCUUUGCAGCUGGGCUGAUAAAACAAGGCCAAGGUGCUGCCGUGCUGGGUGUCGCUGGGACAACCAGGCAGGCAUGUCGGACCACAUCUGACGCCCUCUCCUGGGUUCCUGACUGGACAACCCCAAUCCGUCCAAACAAUGCGUUCCCUUCCAUGAACUUGAUGAUGCACGGUCUCACUGUACCGGGCAACAAGGACAUUCGCGAAGAACUCCUAUACUGCGCCGCAGGGAACUCUACCAUGGAGGCCCGGUUCCUCGACGAAGACCGCACGCUCGUCGUCCGUGGUGCUCGUAUCGACACCGUUUUGCACAUCACGCAAGGGCAAAUGUUCGCCCCACCACACUGGUACAUAGCCACCUUGCAAGCACUUGCCGGGCCAGGAGCAAACACAGAGGUCAUUGAGGAUGCCCUUUGGAGGACGCUCAUCGCAAACCGUACCAGCAAGGGGGAACAAGCUCCACCGGAAUUCGCCGUGCAGUACCAGGCAUACAAGCAACGGUUGAUCGAGGCGUUCGGACUUGCAUUGAUCAUUCUGGCCCUCCUCUUCGUCAUAUCGCUGCCAUGUAUCGUUAUUCUUGCGAGGUUGGUCCGCAUGGUCUACUUUGUCCCACUAUACACCAUUAUCUUCUUCAUGGGCUGGGACGACUCGCCGCUAACAACCACCGUGGCCACAAUCCUGCUCCGCAACUACUCGAUACCAGUCGUCUUGGUCGGGUGCUGCGUACUCGCCUGGCGAGCCAGAGCUCUCCUCGGUUCCUGCCUAGUCAAGGUCGACUACGGAUGGCAAUACUUCGCCGGGUUCGUCAUGGCCGUUAAUCCAAACGGCCCCAGACACCACAAUGGGCCUCCCGAGUGUGCCGACUUUAUGCAAAGUUUUCUGCUCCUGGCUGGUCGGUAUAAUUUGGGAGUUACAGCGAACGGCUACAUUGGCCUGUUUCCGCUUGCUGCGAAAGUGGGUGAUGAGAUUGUUAUUCUGGAAGGGGGGUUUGUGCCUUUUGUACUGAGGAGAGCGGGGGAUGACGGACGUUAUAGGCUGCUUGGGGAAAGCUUUGUCCACAAUGCUAUGAAGGGGGAGCUUUGGGGCGAUGCGAGGUUUCCUCUAGAGGAGAUUUACAUAGUCUAGAUCAAAACGGCCUUCACGGAGAAGACUGCUGGCCUCCCUCAGGUACCGCACUGGCCGAUUGGGCCUCCUUAAAAAUGAUGACUCCCUCUAGUGCCAUGCCUCGCCUGCUUGUUCUCGAUGGAAGGUUUUCAACCGAGGGAGGACAAACAAACUAUCUGCCGUGAUAUUUGAUCUGUCGCAGAAACAGAUGACCAUCGUGUUCUUGUUUGGUCUUUGCUGACAUGAUCAUCGCUCCGUAGAGUAUCACAGACAAGUCA